AUGGCUGGUCUGGGAGACAAGAUAUAUAAAUUAUAUAAAGAAGCACAUGAGUGGGACAUUAAGCUCCAUGGGAAGUCAGAACAGAAUGAGCUCGGUAUAUCGAAACUAGCAACACCCAGGGAGAUUUCCCUCCUAGUCAUAAAGGAAGCCGGCGGUGGAGCCAGAAAUAAUAUUCAAGUUCUGAAUCCACUAGACUAUGUCACCUGUCUGGUAAAUGAUACUCUUCAUGCAGACGUCACUAAAAGAAACCCAAGAUGGGGCUUUGGCUUUUGGAUAUACUGUAGGUAG